UCCCCUUCAAUCUCAAUAAAAAAAAAAGCCUCAUCAUUUCCAAUUUUCCAUUAGGGUUAGGGUUAGGGUUAGGCACCGUCAAGAGGAUUUUACCUUCGAACUCAACCGAACCACGAAGUCUCCAGGCACGGGGGCUCAAUCCUCUCUCUCCGAUCAGCAACACCCACCAUCUCCUUCAAGCUAUAUGAGCUCCUCCUCCACCAACCGCCGACUGCCCUCCGCCGGCCAGCGACCUCGCGCCGCUGCCACGAACCGACAAGAAUGGGUUCCCCGCAGCUCCGCCCCUUUACAUCAUUACGAUCAACCUCAACCCCGACCUUCCAGACGAUCGGCGACGGAUAACACAUCCGUUCCGCAGUUGGUCUACGAAAUCCAGGACAAGCUCUCCCGUGGGACUGUGGAGUGUAUGAUCUGUUAUGAUAUGGUUCGGCGAUCUGCCCCGAUGUGGUCCUGCCCCGCCUGCUACUCCAUCUUUCACCUCCACUGCGUACGUAAGUGGGCACGCUCCCCAACUUCCGCGGCAGAUCCUACCCCCACCUCCUCCGGGGAUUGGCGCUGCCCUGGGUGCCAGUCCCCUCAGUCCAUUCCGGCGGGUCAACUCUCCUACACGUGCUUCUGUGGCAAGCGGCAUGAUCCGCCCAAUGAUCUUUAUCUCACCCCCCACUCUUGUGGGGAGCCCUGCGGCAAGCCGCUGGAUCGAGCCUCCUUGCUGCCACCUGAUGGGAGCAUAAAGGGUGUUGCUGAUAGGGAAGAGGAUCUCCGGUGCCCCCAUGUUUGUGUCCUCCAAUGUCACCCCGGCCCCUGUCCCCCGUGUAAGGCUUUUGCUCCACGUGAAACAUGCCCCUGCGGCAAAACAGAGAUUGUUCGUCGCUGCUCAGAACGGCGUGUGCCGUUAAGCUGCGGACAGCCAUGCAACCGAUUACUAACAUGUGGCCGUCACCACUGUGAGCGGCCGUGUCAUGCUGGAUCUUGUGAUUCAUGCCAAGAGCUUAUUACCGCCAGUUGCUUCUGCGGCAAGAAGACUGAAGCGGUUCUAUGCGGAGAUAUGGCGGUGAAAGGGGAGUUUAAUGAGAGAAUUGGCCUCUUUUCCUGUAAUCUGCAUUGCGGUAGGAGCCUGUCAUGUGGGAACCAUCUCUGUAAAGAGAAUUGUCACCCGGGUCCUUGCGGUGAAUGUGAAUUGCUGCCUGCAAAGAUUAAAGCGUGUCAUUGUGGAAAGAUGAGCCUUGUUGGGGAGAGGAAAAGCUGCCUUGACCCAAUCCCAACUUGCUCCGACGUGUGUGGGAAGCCUCUUGUUUGCAAGACCCAUUUCUGUAAGAUACCUUGCCAUGAAGGAAACUGCCCUCCUUGCUCUGUCCUCGUUGAGCAGAGAUGCAGGUGUGGCUCUUCACGCCAGACUGUGGAGUGUCACCAGCUGUUCGAUGACAAGUUCAGCUUUAUUUGUGAGAGAACCUGUGGCCGGAAAAAGAAUUGCGGUCGACACCGUUGUAGCGAGCGCUGCUGUCCAUUGUCCAAGUCAGGCGACGACCAGAUUUCCGGUGGCCAUUGGGAUCCCCAUUUUUGCCCAGUGCCCUGUGGCAAGCGGCUGCGGUGUGGGAACCACUCGUGCCAAUUGCUAUGUCAUAGUGGUCAUUGCCCGCCAUGUCUUGAGACCAUAUUCACUGAUUUGAGCUGUGCUUGUGGAAAGACCACAAUUCCACCUCCAAUCCCCUGCGGCACGCCAAUGCCAUCAUGCCCACAUCCAUGCUCAAUGCCUCAGCCUUGUGGCCACCCAGCAUCCCACUCCUGCCAUUUUGGCGAUUGCCCUCCCUGCACUAUUCCUGUGUUGAAAGAAUGCAUUGGUGGCCAUGUUAUGUUGAGAAACAUUCCCUGUGGUUCCAAAGACAUUCGGUGUAAUCAGCUCUGCGGAAAGACCAGGCAGUGUGGAAUCCAUGCCUGUGCCAGGACUUGCCAUCCUCCUCCUUGUGAUUCAUCUGCUGCGUCGGAGUUAGAAGGAAAGUUUUCUUGUGGGCAGGUCUGCGGAGCUCCUAGAAGGGAUUGUAAACACACCUGCAUCACUCCCUGCCACCCUUCAUCAGCAUGUCCUGAGCGAAGGUGUGACUUUGCUACAACAAUCUCAUGUUCCUGUGGGAGGGUAACAGCAACAGUGCCCUGUGGUGCUGGAUCUAGCUCUAGCAGCUUCAGUAAUGAUGCUUUAUUUGAAGCUUCUGUUAUACAGAAGCUGCCGGCUUCGCUACAGCCCCUGGAUGUUAAUGGAAGGAAGGUUCCACUUGGGCAGAGGAAGUUGGCGUGUGACGCCGAAUGUGAGAAGGCGGCGAGGAAGAAACAGCUCGCAGAUGCGUUUGAUGUGACUCAACCAAACCUAGACUCUCUUCAUUUUGGAGAGAGUUCAGGAGCAUCAGAGGUGCUUUCUGACCUUAUGCGGAGGGAGCCUAAGUGGGUUGUGGCCAUUGAGGAUAGAUUCAAAUUCAUGGUUCUGGGGAAAUCCAAACCUGGCAGUGGGAGCAAUGUGAAGGUCCAUGUCUUUUGCCACAUGGUCAAGGAGAAAAGAGAUGCGGUGCGAUACAUAGCCGAGCGGUGGAAGCUCUCGGUCCAGGCUGCUGGCUGGGAGCCAAAGCGUUUCGUUGUAGUUCAUGUCACGCCCAAAUCAAAGCCACCUGCUCGGAUUAUUGGCUCAAAGUCUGGUGUUCCAGUGAAUUCUUCUCAACCCCCGGCCUACGAUCCCUUGAUAGAUAUGGAUCCCAGGCUUGUGGUUGCAAUGCUGGACCUGCCGAGGGAUGCUGAUAUAAGUGCUCUGGUCCUGAGAUUUGGCGGAGAGUGUGAGCUAGUCUGGUUGAAUGAUAAGAAUGCCUUGUCUGUUUUCAGUGAUCCUGUGAGGGCAGCAACCGCAUUGCGACGCCUAGAACAUGGUUCUCCUUAUCAGGGUGCAGUUACUAUGAUGCAGACCGGUGGGGUUUCUGCUGCGACAGCAACCGGCGGCAAUGCAUGGGGAGGAGCUGCACAAAGCAACUCAUGGAAGAUGGCUGUUGCUCCACAGGCAGAUUCAUGGGGACCGGAUUGGUCUUCUGGGGCAGAUUUAGCCAUACCUGUCUGGAAGAGGAAUGAGGAGAAUCCUAUCUCCACGACAGUCAACAGGUGGAAUAUGCUUGAUUUUGAUGAUGCAAUGACGGAGUCUGCAAGUGGCAGAGCAGGGAGUAGCCCGGCUGAUGAAUCUUUAGUUGAUAGAGGAGCUGUGGAUGUCGGUGUAGGCCAUGAAGUUGAUAACUGGGAGGAAGUGUGUGAAUGAGAUUGGACGAAACUUCAUGAAUAAUCUGAAUGGCUGCCUUCAUUUUCCUUGUAUUCAUUUUUUUGUGGACGUUUCUCAGAUAUAGGAAACACUGAAGUAACAGUGCAAUGUGUGUUCGGGAUUCUUUUUUGUGCCUGAGAAUUAUACUAUAUAUGCAGGUUACAUUUUUACAUCAAAAGAACAUUGAAGGAGAUUUGGUGAAGGAUGCCAAACUCUUUCCUUUUUUUUUGGGUGUGAUAUCUCUUUCUGGCAUUGCAGGAUGCAAUAAGACUUGCAGCUUAUUCACCUCUUGCAUUAAGAAAAUAAAAUGCUGAGAUAAAAUCAGCAAUCUUUUUGUCAAA